AUGAACCCCUGCCGCUCUCCCCUUCCCUCGCACCCCCGGGCGCGGUGCAGACGCGAACGCCAAUGCCUUCCCGAAGGCUUCCCGGCGGGAGGCCGGGGGCGGCGGCUGCUCCUCCGGCGGCAGCUGCCGGGGCCCAGCCCGGGCAAAGCGGCGCUGCCGCAAGCAGCCAAGCGCCCGGCGAGCCGCCCCGGCGCCGAGGGGACGCACCGGCGCCGCUGGGCCGGGCGGCACCGACGCAGACGCCGGCGCGGGCACGGGCAGUCGCCGACGAGCCGGGCCCAGCAGCGGCGCGGCCGCCCGCCCGCUCCCCCCGACAGCCCGCAGCGUCCGGGAGGGGCUGCCGCGCCCGCUCAGCCGUGGCAGGGCCGGGCCACGGCCCCGCCCGCCGCCCCGCCGGCCCUCCCGGGCCGAGCCCCUCCGCAGCGCCGCGUACGGCGCACGGCCCGGCCCGCCGCGCCCUCCGCCCAGUGGCGGCUCCCGCGCCGCGCUCGGUGCCGGGGGGGGCGACAGGCCGCGCCGGGGGAGGCCGGGCGCCCCGGGCCCGAGAGACCCGGGCGGGUGGCGCGGAGCGGCGGGGCCGGGCCGGCGGCGGCAGGCCCACCCCGGGGAGCCGGGCCGCGCCUCGCCAGGGGGCCGCCGCUGCCACCCACCCGGCGAUCCCCGACAGUCGCCCGACGAGCCGGGCCCAGCAGCGGCGCGGCCGGCCGUCCCCCCCCCUUCGCUUCGGUUCGCUUCGCUUCCCUGGCCUGGCGCCCCCCGCCCCCGCCCCGGACUCGGGUCCGGGCCCGGCGCACCGGGGACGCCCCGGCACCCCGCCGGCGGCAGCAGGGGGCGCCACGCCGGGCGCCGCCAUUUCCCUCCGCUCACCUGCGGCCUCCGAGCGCACCCUGCGCUGCCGGCGCUGCCGCCGGCCAAUCACGACCUGCUGACGGCCGCACCCAGCCAAUCGGCGGGGAGAGGGACGGGCCGGGCGGGCCCCAGGCGGGCGCGGCGUAG